GGGGGCAAGAAGGGGAGGGGAAGGGCGCGAUGGCGGUGCCAGGGGGGAGGAGGGCGGACUUCUCCUCGGGCACGUCACCGAGGGGGCCAUCACCGGCGGGGGCGUCGUCCGCGGGGAGGCGGCUGCUGUGCACGCAGACGGUCGGCAACAUGGGGGAGUCCAUCUUCGACAGCGAGGUGGUGCCCUCCUCGCUCGUCGAGAUCGCGCCCAUCCUCCGGGUCGCCAACAAGGUCGAGGCCAGCAAUCCGCACAUCGCCAACGAGAAGAAACUGGCUCUCCGUUGCAUUCCUCUCCCCUCCAACCGCCAACAGAGACGGCCCAGGCGGAAGCUCCCUUCCGUACGUUCGUCCUCGGACAGGCCAUCGAGUUCUUGAGAGUGCACGAACCGACGGACUUCUGCGUGCGGCGACUAGAGGUACGCGGUGUGAAUCUUUGAUUCUUCUCCAUCUCUUCCACCUGGCCGUCUCUGAUCCUACUCAUUCCCUGCCUGGCCAUUGCCUCCAUCCAAUGUCGCUGUUGCGCGAGCCACCUGUUCGACGGAAUGGCUGCAAGGGCCAAGGACGGUAAAGCCAAGAAAGUGGCAGUUGCUGGCGGCAAGGACUGCUUUGAGGACCUCCCGGAGCCUGUGCUCGAGCUGCUGCUGUCAUUCCUGCCCUCGCGGGACGCCAUGAGGACGUCCGUGCUCGCUCGCCGCUGGCGCACCCUCUGCAAAGGCUCGAGAGGGAGAACGACCCCACCCUCAAGGGGAGGGUGCACCAGAGCGACGUGCAUGAGAUGCAGCGCUUCUACCGCGAGUACUACAAACUACUUCCGCGAGAUGUUGCUCAAGUAGCCGUGACAUAUAUUAUGUCUAAAUGGCAGAGGUUCUUCCUAAAUUUCUGGGGUCCAUUCACAGUAAGCAAUAAGAAGAUAAAAUCAAUGAUAAUUGAGUGGGUCAGUUAUGCACUGGCAGCAUCCUUGCUACUAGCGAUGGGCGCGAUGGUCCGGGCCAAGCAGAGAAAGAUAGGUGAGAUAUGCUCAGAGGUGAUCAUCGACAAGUCCUCGAACAAGAUGUCGAUGGAGAGUAUAGUGGAGGCACAACACAUCAUGAAGAAGGUGCACGAGUACGUCAAGACGACGAACGUCGUGAUCCUCAGGCUAUGGUCCAUUAUUCUAGCCUGGUCACCAAAGGAAAUUCACAUGUGCGGCGGUGGCGGGGAAGGAGCAGCACCGGCAGCCCUAACAGAGGAAGCCAUGUUGCCGUUUUGUUUGUUCCCAGCCUUGACUAUGGUUGUCCAGCGAGUCCGGCAUGUCGUCAUUUUCUUGUAA